AUCCUUCGUCUCUCUCUCUCUCUCUCUCUCUCCCUCCGACGAAACAUCCUCUGCAUCGACAUCGUCGAACGCCCUGACGGGACGAUCUUCACUGCCCCGUGAGUCCUUCUUGGAAAGCCGAAUCGUUCUUCUUGCGAGGUCCCAUUCGCCUCGAACCGUGGCACGAUUCAUUGGUUAGUCGAGUGAUGCAAGUUUUAAAUUUCGUUGCGAUCCUCUAGUGCGCAGAAUAGCAUCUAUUCGAUGAUCCGACGGAUUUGAUGGUCAUCGUCGUCUUCGUCUCACUGUUUGCGCACUGUUUGGACUUGGUAUGAGCGCAUUCGGGUUCGGGAAUUAUGUUCGUUGUUUGAUCCGUUGAGGAUUUUAGGUUCUGCGUGCUCGAAUGUGUUUGUGGAGUAAUCAGUUUAAUUGGUGGUAGGACUAGAAAUAUUUGGUGACUACGCGUUUAUCAUGGAGAGCCUGCCAAUUGAGGUUAUCGGGAACAUACUGUCGCGACUUGCCGCGGCCAGGGAUGUGGUUGUGGCUUCUGCGACGUGCCGGAAGUGGCUAGAAGCCCGCCGUAAGCAUCUCCGUAGUCUCUCGUUUAGUGUGAACGAUUGGUCUGGUUAUCGUGAUUAUGGUAGCAAUCAAGCAGGAAUUUGGAUAACCCAAACCAUAUUCGAGACCGCCAAAUUGCAGAGUCUCUCGCUUCAAUUGGAUGAUGUAGAUGAAGAGUUUUCGGCUUCUGCGGUGGUGGCUUGGCUCUUGUACACUAGGGAGACAUUGCGCAGCCUGCAUUAUGAUGUCCGGGUGACCGGAGAUGUAAACAUCCUCGAAAUUUGCGGGAGGCAGAAGCUUGAGGUUUUGGUCUUGUCACAUAGUUCUGUCUCGGGGGUCGAACCAAAUUAUUGCAGGUUUCCUGGCUUGAAGUCCCUCUCUUUGAGUUAUGUCAGAAUCUCAGCAUUGGAUUUGAGUCUUUUAGUCAGCACGUGUCCGAAGCUUGAGAAAUUGGAUCUCAUUAGUCCAGACAUUGCAAUGUCAGAUGCACAAGUCACAGUUGAGGUCAGUAGUGUUACGUUGAGGUGCUUUUACAUUGAGGCGACAAGUUUGGACAAAUUCGUUUUGGAAGCAGAUAACAUUGAAUGUUUGCACCUAAAAAGGUGCUUCCUUGAGCUUUUCGAACUCAUUGGAAAGGGGACUUUGAAGCAUUUCAUUAUUGACGACGUAGGCGUUCUACAUCUUGAUAUCGGUGACACUGUCGAUAAUCUUGAGAUAGUGGAUGUUAGGGACUUAUCAAUUACAUCCUCAAAGUUCUUGCAGAUGAUUUCAAAAUCAGCAAAGUUGAGGAGGCUGCGACUUUGGGAUGUAAUGUUUGAUGAUGAGGAUGAGAUCGUGGGAAUGGAAACCAUUGCUCUUCGUUUUCCACAGCUUACCCAUCUGUCGUUGAAUUGCGACUUGAGAGAUGGAAUGCUUCAAUAUGGUUUUCAUGGAUCUUGUCAUUUUGAAAAUGUGGUCGUUUUGGAGCUUGGAUGGACUUUUCUGAAUGAUCUCUUUUCAGACUGGGUCGAAUUAAUGCUAAAACGUUGCCCGAACCUCAAGAAGUUGGUUAUUCAUGGAGUAGUCUCAGACCUCAUAACCUGUAAAGAAUAUCAGUUGCUGGGUAGUUUCACCUCAGCUAUUGUAUGUGUCAUGCGGGAAUAUGUCGACUUAGAAGUAAUGUUUGAGUAUAAGUAGAAUGUCUUCGAAAGGCCGUGUGCAGAAUUCCAAUUUUGUGUCACAUAUAUGUGAACAAAGUCCAUUUUUUCGUCACAUGUACAAAUUAACAAACUACAAGUGAUUGCUGUUAUACUUUUGUUUUCAUUAAUGUGAUACUAGAAAACUUGUUGAU